CGAGUUUCAUGGCAUAUUUGAUGUAUUUACUUGGAAGUAACUCAAAGCUUUUAUAUCAAUGCUGAUUAUAUUGUUACCCGUUAAUAUUUGUCUUUAAAUUUAUCAAAUGGAAGUAUAUACACUUUGUAUUGGUGUAAUCUAAAUGCCGGGAGUGUGCGAGUAAUCGAACACGUGGAUGUGCUGGCUCUGAUUGUGUUUAUCAAUUAUGUUUUCUCAUCCCACCCACUUGUCUUGAACGCCACAUACUCGAUGAGAGAGGAGUCGGCAGCUACGUUCUCUUGCACUACAUUACCCACAAUCCUGAGCGCGCGUUGGUGCGAUAUUGAUGGCAGCCAGAGAACGCUGUGGUUGCACAGAUUGGAGCAGAGGGCUGAAAAAAAGAAAAGAAAAGAAAACCCCGGCCGCUCUUUACAAAUAGAGAGGGACAUGCCAUGUUUUGAGCUCUAUACUCAACGGUGUAGUCAACGAGCGGCUGACUCACGCUAACUAGCGAAAUUUUUGGAAACCAUAUAUAAAAAUCAUCAGCUGAUGUGAUUAAAUGGCUCCCCGCGCGUCUCCGUGCGACGGAACGGCUACACAGCUCGACUGAAGAUGGGAAUAUUGGUCGAGCGAGGCUGUUUUCCAUCGCGCUCGAAGCCCCUCAGCGUCAGAGGAUAACCCGGAUAACCUUACGCACGACAUGUCAUAGCGCGAAGAGCUAGCAUCUAGCUAGCUUCAACGAGAGAUGGAAGACAACGCCAAUGUUUUCGUCGGAUAAAUCCUGCGAAAUAGCGACAAAAGGGAAUUGUGUAGAUUACCCGGAGGAUGCUAUUUUCGCCACGCCGCUGCUGUGUAAUUCACUUACAUAACAGCUAGGCGCAACCGUGUUUGGCGUGCCAAUUUUCAUUUUGCCACCCAAGUCUGUUUUGGUGUCAUCGUCACUGAUUUCUGUGUUCGGAUGCUGCUAAUAGACACACAAGUAAAGCAUCCCCAUUAAGACAGAAAUCCGCUCUACUAUCGUUUUUAUUUUUUUUUUUUUGACGCCAUGAGGAAGUUCUUCGAUUCACGUCGGGAGUUGGUCAGCUCCGGACCGGGUUCCGGAGGAGGUGGCAGCAGCUCCGGGUCCAGCCAUGCCGGGGGUAACUUCAUCGGGCGAGGCUUUACCGUGGGCCGCUACCAAGUCACCGUGGAGGAGAUCAUAGCCGAAGGUGGCUUUGCAAUUGUGUUCCUCGUGAAAACAAACCAGGGCUUGCGCUGCGCCCUGAAGAGGAUGUACGUCAACAACGAGUACGACCUGCAGGUGUGCAAGUGUGAGAUUCAAAUAAUGAAAGACCUUGUGGGCCACAAGAACAUUGUGGGUUAUCUGGACUCCAGCAUCACAGCCAUGGGGUCGAGGGACGUGUGGGAGGUCUUUAUAUUGAUGGACUACUGCAAGGGUGGCCAGGUUGUUAAUUUGAUGAAUCAAAGGCUGCAGACUGGCUUCACAGAGGCGGAGGUGCUUCAGAUCUUCUGCGACACAUGUGACGCCGUGUCUCGCCUUCACCAGCGCAAGACACCCAUCGUCCACAGGGACCUUAAGGUGGAGAACAUCCUCCUGCACGACAAAGGUCAUUAUGUGCUCUGUGACUUUGGCAGCGCCACUACCAAGUCCCUGAGUCCACAGGCUGAAGGUGUAGCAACUGUGGAGGAAGAGAUUAAAAAGUACACCACUUUGUCAUAUCGUGCACCUGAGAUGGUGAACCUCUACAACAACAAGCUAAUCACCAUUAAAGCGGAUAUCUGGGCGCUGGGCUGUUUGCUCUACAAGUUGUGCUUCUUCACUCUGCCAUUUGGUGAAAGCCAGGUGGCUAUUUGCGAUGGCAGUUUCACCAUUCCGGACAACUCCCGCUACUCUUAUGAUCUCCACUGCCUCAUUCGGUACAUGCUGGAGCCUGACCCAGACAAAAGGCCAGAUAUCUACCAGAUAUCCUACUUUGCCUUCAAACUGGCCCAGCGGACUUGUCCUGUUCAGAAUGUGAAGAAUUCUUCAAUUCCUUCCAAACUUCCUGAGCCAAUUAAAGCGAGUGAAGCUGCUGCAGCGAAGAAGAGUCAGGCCAAACCCAGACUGACAGACCCGAUCCCCACCACUGAAACUUCCAUCACUCCUCGUCAGAGGCCCAAAGCGGCUCAUACUCAGGCCGCUGCCGGGAUCCUUCCCAUCCAACCCGCUGCCCUCACCCCUCGCAAGCGAGCUAAUCUGCCUGGUGGAACAGCUCAGCCUGUUGGAGUCAGCUUGGACCUCUCGCAGCCAGCUGCAGCCCUCCAGUCACAGAAGGUGCAGACAUCUGCCUUGCCUCUCAUCCAGUCACAAAACAACUCCAGUAAGGCUGCAGUCGGACAGAAGCAGCCUGCUUCAGCAUCUGAAGCUACAGCCGCCGCUGCUGUAGUGGCACCUGUGCCCAAGGCCGAUGUCCAACCACAGCUCCAAGAGCAGCUGACCACAACCCAGCAAACAGCCCCGCCUCCGUCCACAGUCAGCGCCACCUCACAGCAGGCGCUGCCGUGUCCGUCCAGUCCGGCUGCACCGCAGCGUCCUGCUCGACGCAAGCCCCCUGUCCAGGCUCAGACUCCUGCAGCUCAGCCUUCGGCCAACAAAUCAGAUGCUGGUCAAUCAGCGGACGAGCAGCAACAGGAGACUAGUCAGCCAUCAGUUGUUCAGACACAGGCAGCGUCAGCUGAAGUCAGGCAAAAAGUAGCUGAGACAACUCCUCCUGCUUCACCAAAGACAGUGGUGGCGCAAAGCCACAAACGUGUUCCAAAUGACGUCCCAGCCAGCCCCACCAAUGGGGGGAGUGGAAAUUCUUCACAGGCAGCAGAGGAAGCCAUUGUCCGCUCUCAAGUUGGAUCCAUCCAGCCUCGUGGCGAUCUAGUCCAGGACCAAAACGUAGUCUGCGCCCCCAGCGGUGACUCGACUGUAGCUCUAGCGUGGAACCCGUUCGAUGAUAACGAUGGCUUCUCCAGCUUUACCGCAGAGGAAGUCAAAUCUAAGGAUGCAAACCUUACCGACCCCCCCCCAGAGUGUGAAAUGCCUUGUGGAGAGUUGAUACCAGGUUUGCAGGCUUCACAAAGGGAGAAUGCAGCUCAAGACUCGCAAGCUGAAAGACCAUCAUCCAACACUGAGACUGAUUUAGGAGCAUCGCUGUUAGUCGUUCCGGAUCCAUUCCAUACACUUGAGCUGUCUAGUGCACCAGAGAAGCUUAUUGAAGGACUAAAAUCUCCAGACGUAUCUUCACUCAUGCUUCCUGACCUGCUAUCUUUGUCUGAUCCUUUUGGCGGUUCUGUGGAGGACUCUGCAAAAGAUCACAUCACUGCUGAGGCCUCUCUGCUGGGCUGUUCUCUGAUCGUGGGUCCGUCCGCACCUCCAGUAGCUACAAGCAGCACCGCCUCCUCCUCAAUGUCCUCCGCAUCUGCUGCGUCUGCUCUGGAUGAGUUUGGUCUUCUGUCUGGAGACUCUGGGCAGCCCAAAACAUCAGACUCAUCCCUCCUCAUUUCUGACUUUGAGCCUCAGCAAACCAGCGCUGAGGCAGCAACAGAAGAAGACGAGUUUGACCCAAUCCCCGUGACCGGGCGAAAGAACUCCCAAGUUUCAGGAGGCCACUCGCGCAGUAACAGUGGUGGCUCUGAAUCCAGCCUGCCCAGCUUGGCCCGCUCCCUCCUGCUGGUGGACCAGCUCAUCGACUUGUAGGCCGUAACCCCCACCGCCCGCUCCGUAGAAGCCGUAACACUGGUUUAGAGUCAUGCCACAGCUCAUUUACGGCUGCCAUCUUCUUUCUAGUGUGCGCGCCAAUCCUUCGCCAUCCGCUCCUUUCCCGUCACUCCCCAUCGCUGCACCUUUAUUGGCUUCACCGCCUCACCAUUCUCUCAUCUAUUUCCUCUCCAUCGCUAUCCUUUCUCAAGCUUAACCUUUGUAUAUGACAUGUCUGAUAGCAAAAACAAUAGAUCAUUGUUGUCAUGUACAAUAGGCCUAGUGCUAAGUGAUCGUAGUUCUUUGUGCACGCGUGAAUUUGUUGUUGUUUGCCUUGAUCAUAUUCUGCUCCUGCCCUGCACAUUUAAGAGCUUAAAAGUCAUAUUUUUCAAAAAGGGAGUCAUAUCCAGUACGAGAGAUAAAUGUAGUUUAGCUUUCCCCUUGUUGAUGAAUGAACAAGAUUAAAUCACCUUAUAUCCACAAAGGAGAAGCAAUAAAAGGAUUCUAUUAUCAGAAGGCAAUAUUUGAGCUCAAGCCUUCCCAAACAAGCCUUGUCUUGCACCUUAGCUUGUCCAGCAAGCAUCAGACGAAAAAAAUACAAAUACUAAUCCCCUCCUUCGACAUCACUUUCAAGCCACACAUCUACAAGCUGGUAAUAGCACUUGUCACUCAAGACCGGCAACAAGUCAUCACGUCUUUAUCCUCACCAAAGUGAAACCCACACCUUGUUUUACUAAAAAGAAUAAAACUAGAAGACUUCAAUGUUUCGCAAGUCCAAUUAAAUAUUACGGCCAGGCUGGAUAAAUAGUAACAUUUUGAAGAAAAAAAAAAAAAAGUUGUAAUAUUAUGACUUCAUUCUAGUAGACUUUUUCCAGUAUUAUAACAAAUGGAUUCUACAUCUUUCUUCGAAUUAUGAAUUAACAUUUUUUUAGUUCCGUGAGUAACAACUUUAUUCUAGUACAAAUUUAUAUUACAGCAUCAUUCCAUUAACAAAUUCAGACUUUAAUCUCAGUGUAUUACGACUUAAUUUUACUUAAAAACUCUGACAUUUCUUUGAGUAAUAUGACUUAAUUCAAUUAAAAUUUACUUUUUCCAGUUAUGUAACAAAUGUGAUUUCAUGUGUUACAACUUUACUUGCAUUUUUAAAAUAGGACAUUUUUCUUGUAUAUGAGUAAUUUUUAGGUAAAUUGCUACUGCGUUCUAGUUACAAAUUUUGGCAUAGUACUUCUAAUAUUGCAUCUUUAUUUUAGAUACAAAUUUUGACCUACAACAGUAUUACUUCUUUGUAUUAUGACUAUUCUUUUAAUAGGAAAACAUUAUUCCAUAUAUUGACUUAUUUCUUGAAAUUUUGCAAGUUUAUUUCCUUAAUACGCACUUUUAUUUUUGUUCAUAAUAUUUUAGUCUUGUAAUAUUUAAACCUAUUUUCAUAAUUUUACAAUAUUUGUGACCCUAAUAUUCUUUUGUAAAAGUGAAAUGACCAACGGUCGGCCUGAAGUGGAAACACAACACCAAAUAACUACACACAAUUGCAAAUUAAAAAAAUCCAACCUCAAAUAAGUAAACAUGGCAGCAAAUGGGAACCAUUGUGGUUGUUUCUUUUAUUUGCUGUUGUUUUUUAAUUUAUUGUUGUUUAGUUAUUUGCGAUUGUGUUUUGCACUUCAGGGCCGCCGUUAUGAUCUCAUGAAGUAGGACUUUUUUUUUCUAUAAAAGGGAAGUAUAGUAAUAUUUGUACAGUAUUUGCUGUUGAAAAGUUUAUCCUUAAAGCUGCGUAUAAAUUAGCUAUAGCCACAUAUCUUGCAUUUGUAAAUUGACUGUGAAUAAAAAGUUUUCCUUGUGCCAUCGAAAAAUAUGUGAAACAGUGGAAAUUGUGCAAAAAAGUUCUUUCACUCCACUAUUUUCUAAUCUCUUCUGUUUUGAGGCAUGUUCUCACUGACAAAGCAGCUCAUCGAAUAGCCGUUUAGCGGUGCGCCAUAUCUUAUAUAAUAUGAUUGAAAGACAUGUUUCUCCUUAUGUAUUAAUAGGUGAGGAAUAUUCAAACAGCAGCACAUAAAUAGAGCAACUAUUAAUAUCCAAGAUUUUAUUUUGAAAUACACACGUUCAUCUGAGAAUUUAGUCGGACAUCGUGCAAAAAGGUAAAAACCCUGUAUUGAGCUAUACAUUUAUGACUGAAAAUGUUUUCGAGCAACAUGAACAAGGGCACCAAAAUGCAGUACUUUUUCACAAAUACUUUAAAUUUCACUGAAAUUAAUUUUUUUAUUUUAUUUUUUGUAGUCCAGAGGUUUCGUAUUUUCUAAUAGAGUAUAUUAUUCACCCAUUCUACCGUAGUAACGUCAAUGAGCGAUUAAAAAUGCAAUUUUGACAUUUUUUUUUAAAGGAACGAAGUAAUUUACCCUUGUCCCCACUAGGUAUUGCUACUACUCUGUAAAAGCAUUUCUUGAAGGUAGCAUGCAUUAUAAAUCGUACUUGUCUACAAGUAUCUGGUUUUCAUUAAUUGGAUUAAAAAGGUUUUCCUGCUUUCAGUUUUUGCAAUAUUUUAAAACAAUUCCCAGGGGUCUCUGACAUUCUCAAGUCAAAAUGCACAAAUGAUAAAUAAUUUCAACAUACUUAACAUUCGCUUGCUAUACUCUGGUUAAAGUCACUUAGUUUGGGAAGUGUUUGUUUGGGAGCGGGGCAUUGAGUUCCUCUCUCACGCAAAUGAAUAGUACAGCUUUCAUUACUGUCAUGGCGAGGGGCAAAGCUGGGGCAUGCGGCUAAGCAAAUUGCUGCACAGUGAUGCCAGUUUCGCAACUUCAUUGCCAAAUUGAGUGAUUUUUCUGCCCUUUGUUGGGUCUAUUUUACCAAGACACUAUUUUGGUGUGUUAUGAUGCUAUGUGCAUCCAGACUGCAAAUGAACAGCACUUAAACAAAGUCACCACUAGCUAAUUUAAGAUUCUACAUAAUAUCGUACAUCCCCACUAAUUCCAACAAAAUUAUGAUGAUUAGUUGGAAAUACAGUGCCCCAACUUUUUUUGCACCAAAUCCUUCUCAGUACUCGUGAGAGCAGGCUGGAUCUUUAACAUUUUCUUUCCAUCCAUUCCCAUUUUCUGGAACUCACUCAAUACAUUUCCAACAUCUUUCCCAUUAGUGUAAAUACAGUAGUCAAGCCCUGCCCAUGUACAUAAUGAAGUCACUGUCAUAUAGCUUUACUUGUGGAUAUAUAUAUAUAUAUAUAUAUAUGAUAUAUAUGACUUUGUUUCUUGUCCAUAAAUGUUAAUAUGAAUAGAGUGAUAGAGAAUGAAUGUAAGAAAUAAAUAUUAGUCUUAAAGAAUACCUAUAAUGACAUAUACUCAUCAGAUAAUAUUGAAAGAGUGUAUGAAUAGUUCAUUCCUCUUUGUGGACUGCGUGUAUGUGUGUUGGGAAGAGUUGUUUUUGUGUUUCUCUUAUGAUAUGAUAUGUUAGCUGUGGAAAUCCUGUUCAAUCCCCGCUCCUCUUUCCUUGUAUAAAAUGUUUUCGUGUGUUUACAUGGACUGAUAUGAAGGACUAUAUUUUUAUUCCAAAAAAAAAAAAAAGUUUUCUUGCCAGUGGGAUUUGUGUGUGUGUGUGUAUGUGUGUGUGCUUUUGUCCCAUUUCAUGUCUUCUGCCGGACCACUUGGGGAGGAAAACGUGUGCUUUUGUAAAGCUUCGUUUUGCUUUACUGUUUUGAGUUGUUUUGGAUAAGCAUGGCGCUGUGUCUUUCUUUUGGGUGUGUGUGUAUGUGUGCGUGCGUGACUUUCGGUACUUGUGUUGUUGUUUGCUGCAAAUCGAGCGAGCGUUACUCUCCUGAAAGCACAACGUUGUCUCAGGUGGAAAGCUACUCUGAAAGUCAUGACUUUGUUGAUCAAAUUGCACUCUAAGGAGAAAAAUAUCAAAUCUGCCAAGCAAAAGUAGCAUUGUACAGGUUUACACCAGAGGAAGGGAACCUAACGGCCACUAUGAAAAUUCCAAAAACAUCGGCUCCAGGACUCCCGCGACCCUCGUGAGGAUAAGCGGCUCAGAAAAUGGAUGGAUAUUAAAGUUCGUUCACUUCCAGGUGGCGCUAUUGAGUGAGUUUUGAGUGGUUGUGGUUCGGCAUUCGCUAAUUUACCAAGUCGUAUGUAUUUUUCCCUAACCUAUCCUCUUAGUUACUGACAAAAUGAACUCGUGUGAUGUUUUUGUGCUGAGGCCAAAGUGACAUCUUGUGGCAACGAAUUGUAUUCAUCCAAUACAAACCUUUUUAAGGUGAGGGUGUUAAUUAUUCGCUGCUGGACUCGGUCCUUAGGAGUUUUGGGGCCCCCAGAAGGUAAUUCAUUUGUCAGAAGAAGAAUACCCGAAAACACAAUUCUUAGAGGUCCUUUGCACCACUCAGUGCUUGAGCCGUAACAGGCAACUAAUUGUGGACUUAUUAGUUUCACAUUUGAGUCACUGCCACGCUUCACCUACAUACAAUGGCGAAAACGCAGUUUCCUUGCAAUUUCGUCUCCCCUGUAUGUCAAGUAUAUGUGGUUCCAAUUUGGUUUCAUUCAGCAUUUUAAUUUUUUUUUUUUUUGUAUUUGAAGAAAAGCUGAAAAUGGGCAAAAUGACCCAGAUCCCUAAUGUCCACUUUGAAACAAAAUGGCUAACUUCCUGUCUUUUCGGGGUGUUGGCUUUUGAGACUUGGUUGGGGGUCACCUCAUGAUGGACACUGCUACCAAGUUCCACGGUGUUAGGUGAAAUUGAGGGCCCGGCUAAUUUUAUGAGUUCAUGCCUGCACCUGCUACGAAAGUUACAUUUUUACCAUUACAAAUGCCUGAAAAUUUGUGUGAAAACAGGAACACUCUCAAAAUAGAGAUUUUUGUUUGGGGAAUUUCAUGGUGGGUUGGAUCAAAUGCUCUUGUGGGCCAUGUUAGGACCACGGUUGUAUGUUUCCCACUGUUUUCACUAUAUGGACACAAAUAUUGGGACAAUUGGCCAUAGAUGAAGCAGGGGCUUUUGAAGUUGUAAUGUUUUGUUAUUUGGUAACCUCUUCCUGAAUCGAGUCUACACAUGCGCAGGAUUGAAGGAGAUUCAAUCAUUCAUUGCAGAAUAGAGUCAGCAUUUUGUUUGUGAUAUUCAAGCAUGUGAAUUUAGACUAACAGAAUAAUAGCUUUGAAGGUCCUGCAUUUUUGGCUGCUUAGAUCUCCAUAGUGACUCUGGAGUAUAAAAAAAUAACACCUUGGUUUUGCCAUACAAGUGUCCAGAAAAGGACCCUCUGAAAGCUACCUGUACUUCUAUUUGACACGUCCAUAUGUGAGUAAUCCUCUGAUUGGUUGCCUUUGUGAAGAAGCAUCACUUGUGAGAGGAGGGCUCUCGGCAUAAAAACAUAUUUGACUCAGGAAUGUGUGGACAAUUUACUUCAUAUUUCACAUUUACUGAGGCACGAUGGAGAUAAUAUUGCAUCACAAAUACUAGAUAAAUUUUGUUUGACAAAUUGCCCCAUUUUAAUUGAAGAAAACUUUGUUAAUCCAUUUUUCGGAGGUAUUUGGGUGUUCUUUGAAAUCUCGGGGCCCUAGACGAUUGAAUGCAUUUGCCAUAUGGUUAAGAUCGUUCCUGGCAGAAAUUCGCAAGUGGAAGAAAUUAUAUAGUUGGUCUUUUUAUCGACCUUGCUUAAUAGAGCCAAACUGUAACCACAAAGUUGGAAGGAUACAAUUGUCCAUGUGUCAGUACAUUUGAAUGAUCACUUUUCUGUUGAAAAAAAAAAAAAAUCCCCCAUAUUUGGGAAAAGUCUUUGAAAUAGCAAAGUGUGUUGUUUCGCUUCAAGAUGUUAAUCAAAACAGUUGCGACCUUGUUUGUUGCCCUCCAUUUUGUCAAGAGUACAAGUCAUUUGCAAUUUGAACCUAUGCAACUCCCAAGCUUGGCACUAAAAGCAUGCGAGCGACAAGCAGGCAGCGUGAUCCAUGUUGAAACGAACGGCCCUCCAAUAUUUGAGCUAAUGUUGUUCUUUAAGCCUCCUCGUUUGUGUUCAUGGCCCACAAACCCACAUCAGUUAGAAAUGUGCUAUCUUUUCUUGUGCUUCUAUUUUUGUGACAGCAUUCUAAACGGAUGGUCAAAUAAAAUGCAAAUGUGAACAUCAGGACGUGGGCUGGUGAUUGAUUAACAGUCAGUUUUUUUUUUUUUUUUAAGUUUAUGUUUUGAAAUGUAAACCACACACACAAAUAUACAGGUACUGAACAGAUGUAUCAGAAAUGUGAAGUGAAGCAUCCACCAUCAUGAAGAGUGAACUCUUUGCAUUUUAGUAUUGCGAACAAGAAUGUUCAAUUUUAAAGUGAAUGUACUUUUUCCUACUCAAAUACAGUAGAUUCACUCAUUUGCGGAUUUUUUUUUUUAAAUUCAAGUAUUACUCAGUUUUCUUCUUAAAAUAUUUGCUUUAUUUUUCUAUUGGAGAUAACCAGUCCCAAUAAAAAAAAUUAAAAAUCUGUUUUGCUAGAAGUGCUUCGAUCACUUGCCCACAGAUUACAAUUGGCUGGUUUCCAUGAAAGAUGCAUGAUCGGCAUGAUAAAUAUAACAAAUAUUCACAGACAAACACCUUAGUCACACAUAAAGAUAGGUAAUAUAAAAGCACUUUUAUGUUUUAGGUCAGUUAGGUUUACCAAAACAAUUUAUAUUUUUGCUUCAUCCCAGAAUAGUGAAAAUACAGUAUAAUGGACAAUAUUGUCAUGGUGAAAAGUAUUUGAACAUUUUUAGCCAUGACUAUUUUUUUGUUUUUAUUUUGAUGUAUUUUACUUUUUAUUAAUAUAUUUCCCGUUUGUCUUUUUUAAGUAGUACCCGCUUACUUGUGAAUUUUUGUGUUUCCAGGCAACUAUAAUGGCCGUCAGUUAUCCGCUAUUCCUGUUCUAGCUUGGUUUCUAUUGUAAAUAAGAAACGUAUCAAGCAUAACAUUCAAUGACAUUUCAUCAACCAAUUUGAAUUUGUUUUUGUGAAACAUUUCUGUAUUACAACAGUAUUCAUGUUUUAGCAUGAAACCUAUCAUUUGUGUUAAACAGCCUCUCCAUUAUUUCAUUUCUAUGUGCAAGAAUGCAAGUACAUAACUUAUCAUUUAAACAUUUUCAAUAAGACCUAAUAGUGCUCUUGAUAUUUUUUCAAAACAAAAAAAAUAAUAAUUAGUAACUAUUUCUUUUUCAUUGUUUGUCAUUCAUAUUUUCAUAAAGUAGAAUAGUGCCAUUUUUGUACUUUUCGGGAGGCUGGAACAAUGAUAGCAUUCCUCUCAAAGUUUUUUUGAGUCACAAGCGUGGUCUAGGAACAAAUUUAACUCUUAUCUCAAAUCAUUGCUCUACAUUUACAGCCACUUCUAAAAAAAAAAAAAACAUUUAAAUUAAAUCAAUUCCAGCUGCCUUUUUAUUACAGGAAUAUAAGCUGUUGUCAGUCAUUGGAAAAUUAACUAUUUAAGAUUUUAAAAAUGGUACCUUUUACAAUUUUACAGCUAUUUGUGGACCAAUGUCCAGUUUUAAUUUUGAUGGCAUCAUUUUUUUUAUUUUUAUUUUACUCAGUUGCUUAUUUUAUUUUUCAUCUAGUGUUAAAAACUGCUGGCACACAUUGUGCUUGCCAGGCUGUUAACUGCACUUUCUAUCUAAUAUUUCCAUCUCAAUUAUUUAUUAUGUCUUAGUAAAAUGAACUAUACACUUCUUACAACAUGUAUAGUAAUUCAGAGCAUUUAUUUGCUGAAAUUGAAACAUUUCAAAUACCACACAUUAUUCUAAUGUAAAAUAUGCGUCAGUAAUCAGUUUCAUUUGUCCAAAUACAGUCCCGUCCAAAAGUAUUGGAACAGUCAGGUCAAUUCUUUUGUUUUUGUUAUAUAUUUGAAGACAUUUGUUUUUCAGAAGAAAAUAAAAGUUGAGAAUUUGAUCUUUUAUUUCAUUGUGUUUACAUCUAGAUGCUAAACAACGCAGGACACAGGAUCUUUUCUUUUCAAGUGAGCAAAAGUAUUAGAACAGACUUUAUCAAAUUAACAUGAAUAACAUUGAAUAUUUUGUGGCGUAAUCCCUACUUGCAAUAAUUCUUCAUCAAGCAUGCGACCCACUGACUGACCUGCACUGUCGCAUUCUUCAUAUGAAAUGUUUUGCCAGGUCUUUAUUGCGGCCUCUCUCAGUUCUUGUUUGUUUAUGGGGGUUACGUCCUUCAGUCUCCUCCUCAGGAGAUAAAAAGCAUGCUCUAUUGGGUCAAGGUCCAGUGAUUGACUUGACCAGUCUCCGACCUUCCACUUUUACUCCUCUUUUAAAGUCCUUUGUUGUGUUGGAAGGGUGUUUUGGGUCACUCUCUUGUUGCACGAUGAAGCUUCUUCCAAUUUAGUUUGAAUGCAUUUUUCUGUAAAUUGCCAGACAAAAUGGUUUUGUAGACUUCAGAAUUCAUUCUGCCUCUACCACCAUGAGUUACAUAAUCAAUAACCUUCCCCUGUGGAGGUUUGGCGGUAAUGUCACUGACAGUUGCUUUUGGGUUUUUCGUCACAGCUCUCACGUUUCGGUCAUCAAGUGUCGUUGAUAUGAUAACCUUGGCCAACCUGUUCGAUGUCUGGGUGGCUUCAAACAAAAGGUGGUUUUGUCUUGAGUUAACACAUCUCGAUGUAAAUACCAUAAAAUAGGAGCUGAGAUUCUGAAUUUUUGUCUCAUUCAUCUUUUGAUGUGAAACCUAAAUUUCUUCACGAUACAACAAAAACAAACGAAUUGACCUUGCUGU